AUGGCGGUCGAGUUUGUGGAGCAGUUUUCAACCUGGGUCUCUGAGACCCAGGAUGCUGAGCAGAGGAAGUUUGAGAAGAUGAAGGUGUUUUCCGAACAGCUUACGAAGUUGGACAAGGAGUUUCGCGACGUCUCAAACGACCUCCAGAGGGAGCGUGUUGCUGCCAGACAAACACAGGAAGAGGAAAAGUCGCUGAGGCAUCAACUUAAGGAGUCGCAGGAGGCUAUCGAGCGGAGCUCGUUCGUGUUGGUUUUGAUUGACGCCGACGCCGAUGGCUAUAUUUUCAAAGAAGAAUACUAUAAGGACAUAGACGGUGGUCGGAAUGCAGCUUUAGGUCUUGAAGCUGCGGUUAGGGAGCACCUGAAGAGCUCACAUCCAGAGUUGUCGAGUAUGCCGAUUAUGAUCAAGGCAUUCGCCAACGCCGAUGGACUUGCUCAAUUACUGUUCAAGGCAAAACUUAUUAAGUCCACCGGCUCGCUGACCAGCUUUGCCAAGGAGUUCUCGCAGGCCCGUUGGGGAUCCGACUUUGUUUUGGUCGGUAGUGGCAAGGAUCGUGCGGACGAGAAGAUCAAAGGUAUCUUUGAACAAUUUAUUGACAACCCCACCUGCCGUCAUGUUAUCUUCGGGGCGUGCCACGACAACGGUUACGUUCGUCUGUUGGAGAAGCAUCAGAACACCGAUUCUGCAGACCGAGUGACUCUCCUUCGCCCCUUUGAGACAGGAAAAGAGUUUGCUGGGCUUACAGGUUUCCACUCUAUGCAGUUGGAGACGGUUUUUCGAAGUGCAGCCGUGUUUACUCGCAAUUCGCCGCCUCCCGCACAUCGAAAGUUGAGUGCAGAAGUCCAAGGUGGAGGAAGCCCCCCGCGAGGAAGCCCACCGCGAAACCCGUGGGUGACUCUCCAUCCCAAGUCGCCCCGGAGUGUUGUUUCAAGGAAGGCCGAAGACCUGCCCGCAAACGCAAUCUACGUAAACGCGGCAAAUCAACGGCUUGACUCUGAGCUACCUGCUACGGCACCAGACAUAGUACGUAUCUGGGAGCACAAGGUCAACAUUGCAGGAAUGAGAUACUGUCGGAAGUAUCAUUUACAAGCCGGUAGAUGCCCUGGAAAGUGCGGCUAUUCACACGGGCCUUUGACUCCCGGGGAGGGUUUGGUUUUCCGGCGUACAGUUAGGCAGGAGCCGUGUCAUGCUCGUCAGCCUUGUCAGGAUGCAAGUUGUUUCUAUGGGCACCAUUGUUCAUGUGCGCGGCCGUCCUGCAAGUUUUCAGCUGAUAUGCAUCAUGUUGAUGAGUCCUCGGUUUCAAUUUUGCAGUGCGCAUAG